CACUAUACCUAAAAUUUAUACAGAUAAUUUGUUUUUUUUUUAGUAUCCGUUAACAGGCAAUUUGUUUUUACCUGUGAUACAAGGUAUAUGACUUCAGGGUCAGACAAUAUACACAAACAAAAAAGAAUUAAAAGAAAAUGGACGUACAAAAUUGGGUAUACGAAUAUUUGAUAUUACAGAUCACCUUUAGUUUAGUAUGUGCUCAGAGCAAAAUUUUGUUUGCAACACAAAAUGCCUCCAUUAAGGAGUUUGAUCUUCAAACACGCAAAGUGAUUGUAUUGCUUGAACUUGGAGCUACAGUGUAUUCCAUUGAUUACGAUUACAAAAAUAAACAAGUUUAUUUUCCAAGAUAUUUUAACAACGACAUAAUGAGAUUUGGAUACCCUGCACAUUGCAUAGUGUUACACAAAGUUGUCUCGACAAACAAUAAACCAGCAGGAUUAGCUAUUGAUUCUAUUCAUAACCAUAUUUAUUGGACUGAAAGUGUUGGUAGUAUUGGAAGGAUUGUAAGAUGUAAUUUAGACGGAUCAAAUGUUAUAGUAAUAGCCCAAACUCUUGAAUAUCCGUUUGUCAUACGACUUGAUGUUAAUAAUAGUUGGAUGUAUGUCGUCGAACGAUUUUCGAAAAUAUAUAAAUCAAGUCUUGAUUUUUCAAUACAAACAAAUAUUGAAACUAUAUACAGGGAUGUUUCCUGUAUGGAUAUAGACAUGGAAAAUGAAAGACUUUAUUGGAUAGUAGACAUCACCGGUAACCUGAACUCAGGUAGGGUUGAUGGAUCUGACGUAAAAACAAUCAUAAAUACAAACUGCAAAUCGCCAACUUGCAAAAACAUUGCUAUUGACAUCUUUGGUACGAACGUAUACUUUUCCAAUCACAACCAACUAGCAAUGGGUAAUACAUCACAAGGAACCGAUUUCACUGUCCUGUAUACCGACACCAACCGCAUCGAUAGUAUAUAUAGUAUUUCAGGUAAGAGAAGUACAUCAUUAUAUUAUGUUUUAGUAUUUAUUUCAACAAAUAAUUAUGGUUCGAUUAUUUAAACUUCAUAAUCAUCAAAAUCAUUGUAUGAUAUAAAUUUGAUAAUUGAUUCUGUAUCCAUUUUUAUUUAGUUUUAUAGUAUCCUUCACCGCUAUUGUUUUGUUUGUCUCAGUCAAUUAUUAGAACUAAUGAUCUGCUUUAUCUCACUGUUAUAUUGCCUAUAAAGAUAUAAUCGUAAAUUAAUAUUAUGGUCUUAAUAUGUGCAACAACUAUGUGAAAAUGACUAGUUAAUGUGCGGGUGCGUAUGCCUUCUUUUGCAUAUAAUGUUUCAGUCUAAUCAAUGCAUGUAGCUGUUUAACAACCAUGGCUAUUGAUUUUGCUUAUUAUAUAUACAGUCAUAUGUAAAUAUUUAAUAGUUAACUUUACUUAAUUGGUGUGGUCUUUUUUUUUAUCGUAAACUAUUUUUGGUAAUUCAUGAUCUUCUUUUAUGUAUGGUGAACUAAAACUUGAACUUGCUUUACACCUUUACUGCGUACUAGUUAUUUAUUUAAAUUUAAAAAAAAUCUUUUAUGUGUCAAACUCAAACAUUUACAAGCAUAGUGUUUUCUUAGCUUACUACAACACAAACGAUGUUUAAAAAGCAGUUUAAAAAAACAAUUGUAUUUUUAUUUUAAUGUGCAUUAUCUAUGAUGUUUCAAUUGUACAGUGCAUAAACAUGAUAAAGGUGAGUUUUAUAUCAAAUACUAAUUUUUGUUUUGUUUCUAGUAAUAAAAUAAUGUAGUAAAAGUAUUACGUUAUGGAUUUUUUAUUUUUUUUAUUUUAUUUUUUUUUUAUUGUUUUACAGUUAUGAAAUGUAAAUGAAUUUGAUUCAAGGAAAAUGGAAGAUUAAAUCAUUUGUUUUAAUUUUGAUUAACUCAUAUUGGAAUUAUCAUGAUUAUAAUACCAUUGCUACAUUGCUAAAUAUUACACAUUCUUUUUUAGUAUAUCAACACUGUACUUAAAUUUGAUAUGCAACGACAGCAAGACACGAGAGAAGAUAUCGCAAAAAGAGACGGUGGCAGAAUUAUUGUUAACAUAAACAAGAAAACUAAUAGUAUUGGAUUUAAAAUGGAAACGGGGAAUGUGUCAAAAAGACCACAACCCGACCAAAGGGUUUGACUGUUCCAGCGAUAGUUUCAAACUAUUUAUUGUAAUUCGGUUAUCGAGUAAAAACUGUUAAACCUACAUCUGUACAUUGUGUGUGGUUACACUUGAACUUAAUUGACAAACACAAUUAGCUGUCGAGUGCUUAUAAUUAGUUCACCUUAAUCAAAACUGUGAGUCUAACAUUGAAACACAAGUAUAUGAGUGUGUUACAUGAACAAAAGUGACAUUUAUUAUUAUUACUUGUAAUUGAGAACAAGGAGAGUACGAAAGCAGAGAAGGAUCGUUCAUAUUUCAAAAUUCAAAAUUCACAAAAUUCAAAAUUCAAAAAUCCUACAUUUAGACAUGUAUUUAUGUUUCCCCGCACUUACCAACGCCAUGCAACGAGGAUUGCACUUUGAUACUCUCCAGAAAGCUAUGUUAUAAAGUUUGUUAGAAACACGAAUCCCUUUAAACAAGGCGAGGGGUGCAUAAAACGUUCGAAAAGGAUGACUUCAACUUUACUUUUCGAAACCCUUGAUACGACAGCGUACUUACAAGCAGCACCCGUCUAUCAGCCAACGCAAUCACUGGAAUAUUGUUUCGUAUCAUAUUUGAUUAGACGAAAGAUGAGACUUUUGACGUUUCUUUUUGUAAUUGAAUUAAAACAUUCAUAAAGAUAAGUGACUUUAAAAGAUACGAUGAAUUGAUUUUUAUUUAAUUGCAAUAAAGUCUGGGGGUCGCCCCGAAUCGAUGAAUAUUAAAGAAAAGUAUAAACAAAGCACACAAUUCAAAUAAAAAAAAAUCGUAAUACCAUCACUUAUAAAAGAGUCGCAUGUACAAACUGUUCUGAAAUAAUUGCAAACAAUAUAGACUGUAAACGAACUCGACAAGCAGUCAAACGAGUAUUGACCUCAAUUUACCUGAGAAUGCAGAUCAGUCGCCAAUAAGAUAGCCAGUGAGGUGCAUUGAUAUGAUAUACUAGGAAUAUAAUCAUAAAUAUACGAUAUAUAAGACAAUUGCACAAAAUGCACCAAUAUCAACAAAUGAUAUGGAGAUAAUGGAAAUAAAUCAAAAUUUUAAAUAAUUAUAUUUUAACAAAAUGUGCUUCCCUUUUUUGAAGUGAUUUUUAUAUAUUCCAGAAUUUCUUUUAAAUAUCCAAUAGGCAUGGGUCGCUAGUGAUCUUUGCAGCUUAUUUUUCUAUGUAACGUUUCAAUGAUCCACGAGUAUACAUAACUAGAUUGAUUGCCAAAUAUAUUUCAUCAUGCUU